AUGAAACUGCUGAUUUUUUUGAUGUUUUUGAAUUUCGAAAUGGUGAACUGUGGUCAUAAUAUUGCUCCAGAUUUUAUGAAUUGGAUGAACGCGCAUUUGUCAGCUCAGGAAGUUGCCAGUGAGUUUCCAGGGGCCAGAGACCACCCACGAAGCCUCUUCUCUUCCAGACAUUGUUCGAGAUGAUUUGACGACUGGAAGUUUUGGAGGUGGAAUCUACACAGGGACUGUUCGACCAGCGAUUUUUGUGCAUGGUUUGAACAAUCAGGCUGGUGAUUUAUGGCAAGUUCGCCGUGAUUUUGUUGCCGAUGGUUUUCCGAUUCAGCGGGGAUUUGCAACAUCUUGGGGACGAGGUACUGAAAGUUUGAAUCUUGAUGUUAAAAUGCAGUGUGCUUUUGUGCAGCAUGUGAGUUUUUGAAAAAAAAAAUUGCGGGCAAGGGGAUUCGAACCUUGGUCUCGUGGGCGGCAGGCAAAAAUGCUAACCUCUAGGCCACAUGUGUUUUUUCUAACGGAGGGUAGAUUUCGGUGAAAAGGAAACUGUUUGCGUUGCAACAUUGCUCAAAAUUUGAAGUUAGGAUAACUAAUUUUCUUUAGAUCCGUCGAUUCAUGGAAAUCGUAAUCGAAUAUACAAACGCUACUCAAAUCGACGUGUUGGGUUAUUCAAUGGGUUCCCCGAUUGCCAGAAAAGCAAUUCUUGGUGGAAAAUGUAUUGAUAACUCAACUGUGGAUUUAGGAGCACCGCUAACUUCCAAAAUUCAUACUUAUGUUUCGAUAGCUGGAGCAAAUCAGGGUUCUCAACUUUGUUUUUUGCCAUGGUUUGAUGUUUGUAAUUUGGACACUGGUUUGACGUGUUUUUCGAAGUUUUUGAAGGAAAUUAAUACACAGUGAGUUCAGAUGAAGAAUGUGGCCUAGAAAUUUGAAAAGUUCGGCCACGCAACUAUGUGCGCCCUGUUAACGAUAGAAAAUUGCCCCUCGGGUCAGACGAGAGACGACGAGAGUCUGACGUCAUCAAAGACAGAUCGCUUCGAGAUAUUUUUGAGAAAAUACGUGUCCCUUUGAAAAAAUACCGUAUUUUGUUUCAAGGAACACAUGUUUUAUUGAAAAUAUCUUGAAGCGAAAUUCAUUUUCGGGAUAUUUUUGCAAAAUACUCUCGUCGUCUCGCGUCUGACUCAAUGGGCGCCUUGUAUGGUCGUGAAAUUGUGUGGUAGUCUACUGUAGCUCGCAGUUGUGUGCAAACACGGCGACGCGAAAAUCAACUUCAAAAAAAGUAUUCCAGACAAAACUACGAAUCCACCUUCCGAAGUUUCAACAUCGCCUCAACUUCUGAUGUUAUGGUUGGAUAUUUUGCGUGCGGAAAGAAGGCUUCCGCAUUCACCGGAGCUGUUGAAUAUAAGCUAAACGGAAAAAGCCACACUGAAACUGAAUUCGAGACUGGAUCUCUUCAAUUGUCACUUCUUCGACAGAAUUCCACUUCUUUCAGCGGCGUUUCUAGAAGGUUAGAAGCCACGCGCUCCACCGAAAUGAACACGCAACGCAGACCGCGUCGCGCCACAACACACACAAAAAAGGGAGGGAAUUUGAAUCUUUCCCCUAUUUGUGUGUGUGUUGUGGCGCGGCGCGGUCUGCGUUGCGUGUUUAUUUCGGUGGAGCGCGUAUGAGAUUCUCGAUAAUACUUAGGCUAACUAGGGUUUUUCUCUAUGAGAAGUUAUGACGUGGCAAAGUUAUUAAAACCUUAGUUUUAACCUUAACAGUUUUAAGAAAGGUUUUGAAGUUGAAAAGCUUCAGCUUUUCGUAUUUAUUUUUUUACACAAAAAAAUUUUCUCAAUGACUACGGUAUCAGCGAUCAAAAACUGAUCUUUAAACCGGUUUUUUUCGAUAAAAAAAAAUUUCGAAACAGUUUCAGAGCUCAAAUUCAAAUUUUUUUUUUGCAGAAUUCCGAAAAAACUCAUGCUUUCCCGUAAAAAUCCGUUCAACGAGAUCAAAAAAUCGAUGGGCAAAACUGGUAGAGAGGAAAAAAUGCCGCCAAGUUCAACAUCUGCUCCUGAAUUUGAAUUUCAAAAUUGA